AUGCAGCAUCCCCAAAGCUCUUACACACCCGGCGCCCCCCAAGAAGGCUUCAGCCCACGGGGGCCGGACGGGGUCGAGGGUCCCCCCUGCCCGGAGCCGCUCCCCCCCGCCGUGGGCCCCGCCAGCCUCUACCGCCCCCCGAACCCAGAGAAAGAGGUGUACCCCGCCCCUCCGGCAGGAUUCCAGAUGGCCCCCUGCGGGUGCUUCUUUGACCCCCGGAUAUACCGCAUCGAGUGGACCACCCCCGACUUCUGCCAGGCGUCUCUCUACAAGUUGGGGGGCGUGGGGCCAGUGGGGGGCCCCGGCUCUGCAGCUGGCUACGUCCUAGAAGCCCCCCCAUACCUCAAAACCGCUGUGCCAGCCCCCUACCAGCCACCGCCGCAACCAGCCACGGCGCCCGGGCCCCCCCAGUACCUGGUACCCUACUUCCUGCCCGAGGAAGCCGCCCCAGAGGGCCUGGGCUUCCCCGUGGGGGACGAGGGUCCCCCCCCUGCCGUCGCCGUCGUGGAGGGCCCCCCUACUCUGAGCAGAGUCGGCCAGGAAGGCCCGGCCCCCUCAGGGCCCCCCAAGGACCCCAAGGUGCCCCCCACGGUGGUGACCCUACCCGCUGAGCCCCCACUCCCGCCGGGGGGCUAUGGGCGCCCCAAGAGCCGCCUCAGCCAGGCGCCGGCCCCCGAGGACGUCCGGGGCUUUGGGGGACCCAGGCCAGGCCCUCUGCACCCCCAGAUGGAGCCCAAGCCCGGGGGGGUCCCGGUCGGGGGUCCCCCUCCUCCUUCGGGAGCGGGAGAGUCCAAGGCCUUCGUCCUGCCGGACAAAAUUCUCCUGGAAGACGCCAUGAAGCUCUUCGACUGUCUGCCGGGUGGCUCGGAGCCCUCGUCCGAGGGGGACCCCCCGCCCAGGCCGCCCCCCGGGGCCGGGGGUGACAUCCGCUCGCUGCACCUGCCGGACGAGCUCUUGUCCUUUGACUACAACGUUCCUGAGAUCCUGGACACCGUCUCCCACGUUGAAUGUCUCUUUCACCUCCCGGCCCUGGACGAGGGGUCCCCCGGUCCCACCACCCGGCCCCCCUCGGCCACCGCGCCCCUUGCCAGGAAGAAGGCCAUCCCCAAGAAGAACCGGCAGGGUGGCAGGGCCAGGCCGGCCAACGGGGGGCCACCCGCCCUGCCUAUACUCAAUUAAACUAUCUGUUUGAGC